AUGUUCUUGACUUUAACACCAAAAGAGAUACUGGAGCUGUCAUUUUGGUGGAAUCCCAAAACCGUGGGAAAGCGAAUCGGAGUGCUGUGUAGUAUGAUCGGCACAACACCCGUUAUGGCAACGGCACCCAUGCCUUCGUGUUCAAUGAAGAUCUUUGUUUCCGACACCACCAACGAGAUUGUGGCCGAGAAUGUCAAGAUUGGCGACAAACUUACCCUCGCUAUUGCCAUUGACUACCAAGAUAUCUAUGGCAUGAAAGUAACCAAUUGUCUGGUUCGGGAUGGACUCAAUUGGGGCGAACAGCCCCUUAUUAAUGAUGAUGGUUGUCCGGUCGAUGAAGAGAUUAUGGGAUCGUUUGAAUACACUCAAAACCUGACCAGAGGUGUGGUAGCAUUUCAUGCCCACAAAUUCCCAUAUACUUCAUCCGUGUACUACCAGUGCAAUGUCAGACUCUGUCUGAAAGAGGCCGGUGGUUGUGAGGAUGUGCCUCCCGAUUGUGAUAAAAAUGGACGUAAUUUUAGACUCCGGAAGAGGAGAGACACGAGUGAUCUGAUAGAAGACGGAGCGCUGGCAGAUGUGCGUCGGGAUGAUGUCAGGGAUCUUAGUAUUGAAGUCUAUUCAGGGCUUUACGUCAACGAUAAUGAAGACGAAGAGAGCGAAGGUGAAGAGUCAGAAGCAAAGCAGUCUAUUAUAGACGAAGAGUUUUGUAUAUCAAUGCGAAAGUUUGCAAUCGGAGUGGCGAUCGCCAGUCUCUUACUAAUGCUGGCCGUCAUUCUUCUGGUCGCAUGUAUUCUGCAGCGAAGGAGGAGAAGGAAAGGCGCGUCCACUACUGCCAGCUCUAUCUAUUCGGGCCCCUACUCUAAUCGCGCCUACAGUAGGGAUUAGUCUCAUCUCAUAAGUUAUUUUUUAAAAUUUUUUGUAAAUCAUUUUCAUCGCAAUUUUGAUAUAAAGUUUGUACAGAAGUUGAGAUUUAUUUGUAAAUUAUAAACCAUUGCCUCCUUUGACUCCUUUAAUUAUUUAUAA